AUGGGGUUAUAUGUCACUGUAUUGACUGAGAAGAGGGGCGGUGUUACAACAGCGGUGAGAGGGGCAGAAGAUGAACUAGAUGCAGACACACUGACCGGCAGAAUCACUGUGACUGCAAGAGAAGCAGAAGAAGGUGUGACAAUGAGAGCAGAGCUUUCACAGCUCAUUGACAUUAUCUUCACCUUCAAUCUGGCUUUCUUGAUGGUCAUGGAGAUCACCGCCGCAUCACAAAGACAUUUACUCACUAGAAAAUGUCAGAAUAAGCUCUCUACUAUUCUUCAAGAAUGA